AUGGUCACCGAGGGCCUGCCCGUUCCAUGCACCACAUGCUUCGAUGACGGCGCCGCCAACUACGCCGAUCAGGACCAGAUCCGACCCCAGACAAGCGCGCCAACGUCGGCCGCCUCGCUGAACCAGACCGUCGCCAUGUCAGAUGCUCUGCGCAAGAUGCACCUCAAUGCCCACCGCAGCUCGUCAUUACCCGCCUCGGAAAUCGAGGCCCAGACCCAGCGCGCCGCCCUGCUACGCGCUUCCGCCAACGCCUCCCCGGCCUCGCCUCUGUCGCCCUCCGCCAUCGAAACCCCACCCGAAAGCCCCCGCCGGAUAUCGGAGCAACAGCAGCCGCGACGAGACUCGAGUUUCCGCCGAACCUACGACGACAACGUUACCAAGCGCGCCGGCCCUUGCGAAAACUGCGCGCUCACGCUACCGCAGCGGCAAGGUGGCAAGGACAAGAAUGAUUUCAAAGCAGAGCGCGGCCCGACACUGCGCACUCGCGCGCCGUACGCAAGGGUCUACGGCCAGGCGUCGCCACCGACUUCGCAAGGGUCCUCUGCCAGCGAUACCGACAGUGAGGGACGCCCCGAGCGAAUGCACCGAAGAGCCACUGGUUCGACUACGACAAGAUCUAGCAUGUCUUCGGGAAGGCAUGCCAGUCACACCCACUACCUCGACUACACAUCCACACAUGAACCGUUAAUACCAACGUCCUUCUCGAUCGUGCGAUCCUCAUGCCUGCGGACACUCUCCCUCGAGACCCUCCCCCGCUCUCCCGCGAACCCGACGCCGAGCGCCUCGCCACAAUCGAGCUCCACGCCCUUCGUAACCACACAAAGCGCCGGAGCUGCCGCGUCUGGCGGGCCCAUCUUCUUUGGCGACCCAGUCAACGGCUACACGACGGCAUACAUCUUCCGCAUUUCCGACAUGCACGCCCGCGGCCAUAAGCGGGUCUACGCCUUCCUGGCUCUCAGCACGCAUAAGGAGCGGCUCGCCAUGAAGACGUUCGGCUUCAUGGCAACCGCUUUCGCAGGCCUGGCAGAAUGGAUCCAGAAGCUUGCUGAGGCGGAGGCCGAGAGGAUAGCCGAGUCCAGCCCCAUCGGAGGUCUUCAGCACCACAACCCGUAUCCCAUGAUGAACAUCCACGAGAGGGAGGGACCCGACCGCGGUGGCAGCAGCUUUCUGACCGGAGGUGGCGGCUUCACCAGACGCAUGGGCGGCGGACCCGGCGGUGUUUCCCUCAAAGCGAGAGGCCUGGCAGAGCUUGUUGGCAUGCCGGACUUCUUUAUCGAGCUGCACGCCAAGUUCGUGAAGAUGAUGCUGGAGCUUGGCGUUAUCCUGAGCUCUUAG